AUGUCUCAGCUUGUGUACGAUGCAACAAAUGCGGAUUUAGAAGAACCCGAUUGGGGAAUGUUUAUAACCCUGUGCGAUAAUGUGAAUCAGAGAGAUGAUGCAUAUCGUCAAGAAAUUAUAACUGCGCUAGACAGCCGACUUAAGAGUCGAAGUCCGAAGACCGUGUCUCAUGCGAUUACUCUGUUGGAUACGUUGGAGAAGAAUUGUUUCGGUCCGUUCCACCGCUUAGUUUGCCAAAAGGAAUUUCUCGACAAUCUAUUUCGGAUUGCGAUGAAGGAGCAAAGUCCCGAGAAUUGGAAGAAGGCAGCUGAUUUGAUUCAAUGCCUUGCCCUGUCCUUUGCAUCUGUGGGGAAGGAAUUUAAACUCUUUGGUGUUCUCUACCGAACCCUCCGUAACCGAGGAGUGGAGUUCCAGAAUGAAGAGUCGGUGGAUCUUUUCACUCCCAACCUCUCGGACGAGAUUGUGGACAACUCGACUCCCAACAUGCAUGUCCGAUACACGAGCCCCAACGCGAAGUUGGAGAACGAUCUUCACAUUGUGCAGCGUCACAUGAUGAAGAUGCAGUCCCUAAUCGUAAAGCGGAACCGUCGAGGAAACAUUCCAGAGAACAAACAGCGCGAAUUGGAUGACGAAGACGACUUUUUGAGCCAGUGUCUGAUUCGAUUAUUGGAAGUGACUCGUUGCUUUGAUUCUUUGAACAUUCCGGAAACCACGCGCGAUUUGUGCAAACUGCUGAAGAACAGCAUUGUGCAGCUGCUGCAGGCGAACAAGGAUACGUCGAUGGAUGCUUCGAAGAUUCAGAUUUACCCGGAAGACAUGCGACGAGCGGAGGAGUUGGAGGAAUCGGAGGAAUCGGAUGAGGAUUUCUUUAAUUGGAGUGUUUGUUCGAAAUGGGACUGGAAGGGGAAAGAGAAUCGGAUGGGUGUGAAGAUUUAA